AUGGCGUCGACUCACCCGGUGACUGAGUUGGAUUCCGGCACGGCUGACUCGGUCUCCUCCACGCCUAGGUCGGAGCACCACCACCUACAUGACGAUCUCACCGCCGUGCAACAUGCACGGGUUCGUUUCAUGUGUAGCUUUGGCGGAAAAAUUCUCCCACGACCACACGACAACCAGCUCCGUUAUGUAGGCGGCGACACCCGAAUUGUUGCUGUCCAGCGCCAUAUCACGUUCUCCUGUUUUCUCUCGAAACUCUCCAAGCUCUCCAGUACAACCAGCAUAAGCAUAAAGUACCAGCUUCCGAGCGAAGACCUGGAUUCUUUAAUCACUGUAACUACAGAUGAGGAUAUAGAGAAUAUGAUGGACGAAUACGAUCGGCUCAGCCAGAAUCAGAAAAUGGCUAGGCUCAGGCUUUUUCUCUUCUCAACGGAUGCUGAUUCAAGAGCUUCUAGCAUCAGCUCCCUCCUUGACGGCUCGGUUAAGCGGCAAAACUGGUUUUUCGAUGCUCUCAACGGCGGCUCGGGUCCGGUUCUGGAGCGUGGGAGGUCCGAAGUCUCGUCAAUUGUGUCCGAAGUUCCGGAUUAUUUAUUCGGGUUGGAUAAUUCGGAUGAUGCUAUAAGAGAAUCCAGAUUAAAGAACAAGAAUCUUUUGAACGACAAUGUAUCCUUUUCGGAUCCGGGUUCACCAGCUCCGGUUGUUUCUUCGCCGUUUUGCUCCACGUCAUCAUCUCUGGCUCCUCCAAGCACACCUAGGAUUCCUGAUCUUCCGCCGGUUAGAACCAAACCUGUUAACCCAAACCCAGUUCCUGCAGUUGAGCACAAGUAUAGUCAAACCAUUGAGGGUGUGACUGAGGUGGUAACUGACAAAAUGAGUCAUCCGCAGUCCGGGUUUGCGGGUGCUCCGAUAUGGCACUACCCGAUUCAAACCAUGCAACAUGUACGUACUCCUGCUGUGUAUUAUGUUCCGGGUCCUGUACAAUCCGGAAGUAAUCCGUUUCCACCUGUUCCAAUCCGGACUCAGUAUAUACCACAAAACCCUCUUGCUCCGGGUCAAGUACCAGUCGGGUAUCCUCAAUCUCAACCCGUAACCGGUGUCAAUCAAGUUUAUGGUGCUGGAGUGAUGCCAUAUGAAAUGGCUACCCGGGUUAUGCAGGAAAGUGCAAACCAAACAGUUUAUUACAGGACCCGAGAUGCUGCUGCUCCAAUACCGGGUUCUUAUCCGGGUAUGGUGAUUUCAGGUGGGGAAGAAAUGCGGGGAUUGGGACCCGGGACAGAUGGUAUGGCGGGUCGGGUCUCUCAUGGAUCUUGA